AUGGGAUCAAAACGAGCAUCCGCCAUUCUCUCCCCUCCCAUGUCCCCUUCCCCUUCAGCAAUCCCUCGACCACAUUCAUCAAUCGGAUCCACUCGACCUAGACUGUGUAGUGAUGCUUCGACAGUAAUGGGUGACAGUGCAGAUAUCAGGAACGUCAAAGUUGUCCUUCGUUUACGACCCUCUGAUCCUAACGAUACCUCAGUCCCACCUCGAUUCCGAAAUGUCCUCGUUCACCCCACAACUUCUUCCGAAGUCAGACUAGAUGUCGACCCAGCUACUCUAGCAGGUCAGGCCAUAGGUACUUCUCAUGCAGGAGGAAAUAAGAAACACCCCUUAUUCAACUUCGACCAUGUAUUAGGAGAACAAGCGACUCAGACAGAGCUGUACGAUGUUACUGCUAAAGAAACGGUGGAUGAGUUUAUGAAAGGUCACAAUGUCACUUUCCUAGCAUAUGGUCAGACCAGUUCUGGAAAAUCAUAUUCGAUGGGAACGACAGGUGAAGAAGUGGACUACUCUGGAACCGAAUUCACACCUAGAACAGGUCUGAUACCUCGUACCGUUCACACUAUCUUUGAGAAAGCCGAAGAGAUCAAACAGCAAUCUGGACCAGGUGCAUCAUGGGAAUGUCGACUGAGUUUCCUUGAAUUGUACAAUGAGGAGAUAAUCGACCUCCUUUCCGGAAGUGGAGUGGCGAUUCAGAUCCGCGAGGAGAGAGAUGGAAGGAUAGUAUGGGCCGGAGUGAAGGAAGUGAAAGUCAAAUCGUUAGAAGAGGUCAUGCAGCUCUUACAAGAGGGAUCGGAAAGAAGAAAAACAGGUGAAACCAAUAUGAAUGCCUCUUCUUCUCGAAGUCAUGCAAUCUUCUCUCUCACUUUGGUACAGAAGAAACGAUCGGGUUUAACGAUGACACCACCUAAUUCUUCCGGUAUUCCAAGGAGCGAAACUCCAACUCGUGGAUUACGUCGGCCGUCAUCCACUAUUGGCCUUCCUGGACCCAGAUCACCUACGCCAUCAGGUGGGAGAGGAGGACCACCAAGUAGUUUCGGACGAGCCACACCUACCACCAGACCUCUAUCGAUGCAACCUCCCCCUUCACCUGGUACCAAUGAAUUCGUGAUCACCACCAGCAAAUUCAAUAUGGUCGAUUUAGCUGGAUCAGAGCGAUUGAAACGUACCGCAGCACAAGGUGAUCGAAUGAAAGAAGGAAUAUCGAUCAACUCCGGUCUGUUGGCUUUGGGUAAUGUAAUCUCCACAUUGUGUGAUCCAGUCAAAGCCAGAGGUCAUAUACCGUAUCGAGAUUCCAAGUUGACCAGGAUGUUACAAGACUCCAUUGGUGGAAACUCUUUGACGACGAUGAUAGCUUGUAUCUCACCUAUAGAAGCCAAUAUUGGUGAAACCAUCAACACGAUCAAAUACGCUUCGAGAGCUAGAAAUAUUAGAAAUCAAGCAAAGAUCAAUCAAGUUGAAGCUGGUUGGGAUGAUGUGGAACACUUGCAAAGUACAGUGACCAAAUUGAGAAAACAAUUAGCGAUGUUGAGUGAAGACGGAAAAAUACCAACGGCUAAUGGUGCUGCUGCAAGCGAAGAAAGUAUCAAACAGAGUGAAAAGUUGAUUCAGCGAUUGGCGGAAUUGCAGAGAGAACAUACUGAGCUGUACGACCGAUAUCUACAGAAAUGUAGUGAGAACAUGAGAUUAUCAAGCGAAUUGAGAAGUAGAGAACCAUCGGAUAGUGAUGCUUCGAGUAAAUUCAAUGAUAUGGUAGAACCUGUUAUUCUAGAGUACGAAAAGGUGGUCUCCGCGUUGAAUCAGCAACUGGAUGAGCUCCGAGGCGAAUUGUCUGCGAUGAGCGAAUUGCAAGAUGACCAGAAUCGACAAUUGCAAGAAGCUCGAGAUCGUCAGACUCAGAGUGAAAGUUACGUAUCAGAGCUGAGGACUAGGCUUGCUAAGCUCACUGAGCGUAACACCUCAAGCGAGGCAUAUAUACAUGAUCUCGAGGCAAAACUCAAAUCGCUAGCAGAUAAAGAAGAAUCACAUGCCGACGUGGUAGCAGAGUUGAAGAAGGAUAUCGCCAAGCUACGAGAAAACAAUGUGACCCUCAAUCAGCAUACGAGCGAGCUGGAGGUGAGAUUAUCGAAAUCCGAAGCACACUCAAGUAACUUGACGGCUCAGGUGGAGAAGCAAGAAAGGGAAGCUGAGCGACGAGAAGCUGCUUAUCGAGAAUUGGAAGCCCAUAUCGCUCUGCUCGAUACUAGCAAGGACAACAAGCUUCUUCUCGAAGAGCUUGACCAGCGAGAUCAGAAGAUAGCUGAGCUAGAAAGGGAAUUGGAAGAGAAGGUAGCUUUCGAAGACAAAGAAAGGUCUCAGCUUCUAGACGCUGUACAGGCAGAAAGAUCGAUUCAAUCGGAAUUGCGUUCAAGACUCGCAUCCAUGCAGGCUUCUGCUUCCUCUGCAGCGACUACAACCGGUCCAGCUUCACCUCCACCCGAGCGAGAGGAGGACUCUACCGAAUCCGUGGUCAUGCCUCGUUCUCCUUUGAGAACUACCAAACAGCUAACUCCGCCUGAAAGUCCCCAAGAAGCUCCUACGCGCCCAGUACAUGAUGGUACGAAAGAUGAGGUGGAAGAGCUGAAAAGAGCUUUGAGGGAUCUAUCCGAGAAAUAUAGUAAUGCAAAAUCUCGAGUAGCCGAUCUGACUACACAGCUAUCUGAAGCUAGAUUGGUCAACGCCGAGAUCGAGGAUACCAUCCCACCAUCGCCUUCACCAGCUACAGAGGACGAAGAAGAAACACUCAGUGAAGCUGAAACCACUCUUCAGACGCCUAGGGAUAGUAUGCAAUCGACUUCACCAUCUCGAAGAAGAGGUUCGAUGCCUAUUCUGGCUGCUACAAAAGCUCAGGGAGGUCCGGGGCCGGGUUUUCGGGGAGGGAGGGGAUACGGAGAUUCAGCGCGAAUGAGACCGCAAUCGCUGUCGCAGGAGCUAUCAUCUGCGCAGUCAUUGGGUACAUCGCCAAGGACUUCAUGGACGCCUAUACAAUCGCAUAGUCGAAGCAACAGCUUGUUGCUAUCUUCACCAUCUCCGACACAGUCGUUACAUACUUUGAAACCUUCCAGAUCCAGUCAAUCUCUGGAAGCGGAACUGAAGUUUGUUCAUCGUAUAGUCGAAGAAAGGGAUGAAGAAUUGAAAGACCGUGAAGCGUAUAUAAAGCAACUUGAAGAGAAUAUCCGAACUCAAAACAAAAAGCACAAUAUCCCCUCCCUUGCAUCCAGUGCACCCAUCAUCGAAACCCACAAUCACGGUAAUAUACCGUCUACACCCAUGAAAACACCCAAAAUCAAAAUCCCAGAUACGCCACCGAGAGAUAUACCCUCACCUGACAGUCCGAACACCCCAAGAACACCGAUCGUGAAGUUGCCAGAAACUGAGCCCGUGUUAGAGAACGGUGAAACCCCAAAGAGAGAUGGAUUGGCUGUGCCACCCAAUGAUGAAAUGGAAGUGGGAGGUCUAUCUCCCAAAUCGGUGAAAAGGUUCAGUCAGCUCAAAGAUACUCUAAGUCAACUUGAGAAUGGCGGGAGCGAGAAAACCGAAGCGCAGGUAAAGAUCGACGAGUUGAUGAAGGAAAUGGUCGAUAAAGAGGAAUCUCAGAAGAAGAUCAUCGAACAGCAGUUCAUUCAAAUAGCCGAUCUGCAAAAGAUGAACAACAAGCUGAAAGAGGAACUAACUGAAAGAGAACUUGAAACACCUUCAACUGCUGAAUAUGACGAAUUGCGAAGAGAGCGAGAUCAAUUGAUAGCUGAGAAAGCACAAACUUUCCCACAUGUCCCUUCUUAUCCUCCCAAGACUUCCACCGUGGAUCCGCUGGUGGUAGAACGGUUGAAAGCUGAACAUGCUGAAGACCUUCGAUCGCUCAUACAAGGUCAUAAAGAUACCAUCACUGCGCUUCAGACAGAACAUGUCGCCGCACUCGAGAAACUCAAAUCCACCGUCGAGAGCAACGAGAGUGCGUACCGAGCGGAAAUUCAAUCACUUCAAUCGAGGCAUGAUGUGAUUACAGACAAUCUCAAGAGUCGACACAACGAGACGAUUGAGGCCAUACAAAACGAGAAUAACAUGAUCGCUGAGGAGAUGGAAAAGUCUUUAUCGCAAAGUGAAGAGACACGUCGGCAAUUGAAAAUGAAGGCUGAUCAGGCUCUAUUUGAGCUUUCGAGAAUCAGGGAUGAACAUGCCCUACAGAGGAAUACCGAUGCCAAAUCCAUAUCUGAAUUAACCAAAUCACGUAACACGUUAGAGAAGCUGAAAGUUGAUUUGGAAAAUAAUAUCUCCGAAUUGAAGAAUGUUAAUGGGGAAUUAACCAGAAAGAUCUCGGAUCUGGAAGUGAAGAUUAGUAGGAAAUCCGUUAUCCCCCCACCACAGGGACCUCCACCUACUACACCUUUACCACCCUUACCCAAGAAACACUCUAUGAACAACAUGAGAUCAGAACUAGGCUCGCCAACAUCUGUAUCUGGAUUUAACAGAGAUGGAGGUGAUUAUUUCGGCGGUGCUGGAAGGCAGAGUAUAUCAAGUAAUGGACAUACAUCAAGCAACGGCCAUCAGAUUAUCGAACCUGCCUCGACUGAGGAUGAAGAACAGAUAUCGAAAUUGAUCAAUGAGAAAGAUAUAAUUGCAGGCGAGAGGGAAGAGCUGAUAGGUGAAAAAGAAGAUUUGAAAAAGGAGAUGAAAGAUGUGAAGAGGAAAGUACAGGAUGUUGAGAAUAAAUUGAUGGAAGAGAAAGUCAAAGUCACGAAUUUGACUUUUGAUCUACGUGAAUCUCAAAAACAAAAUACAAAACUCCGCCAACACUUGGACGAAAGUAAGAAUCAAGUCAAGCAACUUACCGAUACCUGCAAUUUGCAUAUCACAGAAUUGAACGCCCGUCGAGAAGAAGCCAAUCGAUUCUCCGAAGAAGGUCACAAGAAUCGCGAUUCUCUACAGGCUGCUCAGGCUCAGGUGGAGUUGUUGAAAAGACAAUUGGAUAAGGCUGUUGAGAAGAAAGUGAAUAAAAAAUUAUUAGGUUGCUUCUAA